AUGAUACAAAUAUUAUUUUUACAUCUUUUCUUUUUACCCCGCAUAUUUGGCCUAUUGGGUGGUUUAAUCGGUCGAACACAGAGUGCCGGUAUUGAAGGUACACUUAUGUGUAAUGGAAAACCGCUUGGUGAUGUACUUGUGAAAUUAUAUGAUGAUGAUAGAGGUUUUGAUACGGACGAUCUAAUGGCAGAGGGUAAAACGGAUAAUAAUGGUUACUUUCGUAUUUCUGGCUCUAUCAAUGAAUUUUCAACAAUCGAUCCAAAACUUAACAUUUAUCAUGAUUGUAACGAUGCGUGGAUUCCUUGUCAACGCAAAAUUAGCGUAAUGAUACCUGAUAGCUACGUAACCAAUGGGAGAACACCAAAACGUCUAUACAAUGCAGGAAACAUUGAACUUGCUGGUAAAUUCAAAGGUGAAACGCGUGAUUGCAUUCAUUAA